CACUCCAACAGUUAACACCCAUGAAUUUUCUUCCUACCAUUUGUCUACUUUAUGCCUUUGGUUGAGUGAAAAUUGUCCACUUCUGAACGUUUUGACAUUUUGGGGUCUACAGGUUCUAGCACAAUUCUAAAGUUUCUUCUUAAAUAAAAAAGCCCUCGAGCUGAUUUCCAUCUUUUAAUGCAAAAAAAGUCCUCUCUUUCAUUACAAAAGCUUAAAAGAUUGUGACUUUAUAGUCUCUUCAAAGAGAAGGCACACUCACUAGUCAAAAGCUUCUCUUUUUAUUUUUUCUUUCUUUGUUCUUCCACUGGCCGUAGAUUUGUGAGUUUUAUGCAACCACUUCAGCUCUGCUAUGUUCAGACUCUAUUCUGUUAUCAACAAAAUAUGAUCACUUUGUGAUUACUUCCUUCCAAGGAGCUGUGUUUUGCUGAAAGAGUGAAAAAGCAAAAGAAGAGAAAUUGAAAAUUUUGGAGUCUAAUUGGUGGUCUUUGAGAACUCUCAUUUGGUCUUUAGCAUUAGUUGGCCUGGUUGUUCUCUAACAUACCCCAUCUAGGCAUUUACUUAUUUUGUUCUGGAGUGAAGUGAGAUGGGUUUUGAGGGGAGUGGAGGUAGUAAACUGCUGGGACUGAGAGUGACCCCAAUGCACAAGCGUUCAAAGAGCUUUCCUGAUAAGAAAAGAGUUGGGGGAGAUAACGUGGAUAGUUCCUUUGAAGCCUCAGACCGAAUAAAGAUGGAUAUGGGGCACUUAGAGGACCAUAUCAAAACCAAUAAGAAGCAAUCCCCUAAGGCUGAAGUUCAAAAUUAUUUAAAGCAAGAGAUUCUACAACUUGAGAAGAGAUUACAAGACCAAUUUGAGGUCCGCCGGGCUUUGGAAAAUGCAAUGGGAUAUAGGUCUUCCUCUCAGGAUAAUACAACUGGAACAGUAAUGCCCAAGCCAGCCACAGAGUUAAUCAAGGAAAUUGCAGUGUUAGAGUUGGAAGUAGUGUAUUUGGAGCAAUAUCUUCUCUCCUUGUACCGGAAAGCAUUUGAUCAACAAAUAACUAUAUCUCCAUCUUCCAAGGAUGACAGAUUAAAAUCACCUAUAAAUACUCCAAGAGCAAGGAUCCACAAAGCUUCCAGACUUGAUAUUACAUCAAAGAGGGAAAGUUCAGUUGCACAAACUGGUUGUGAGUCGCUUGACAACCCAUGGAAGGAAUCCAAUGGAAUUGGUGGGGAGGAGAAGCUAUUAGAUUCUGGUGUUCAUCGCUGUCACUCCUCAUUAUCUCAACGUUCAGUGUAUUCGACUAGGACUUCACCUCCAGUUGAUUCUUUGUCUAAGGCUUUACGCGCUUGUCAUUCCCAACCUUUGUCCAUGAUGGAGUAUGCUCAGAAUACUUCGUCAAGUAUAAUCAGUCUGGCAGAGCAUCUUGGUACCCGCAUCUCUGAUCAUGUUCCAGAAACACCUAACAGGCUUUCUGAGGAUAUGAUUAAGUGCAUGUCAGCCAUAUAUUGCAAGCUAGCAGACCCACCUUUGACACAUAAUGGCCUGUCAUCUCCCAAUUCGUCUAUGUCAUCGAUGAGUGCAUUUUCUCCACAAGAUCAGUGUGAUAUGUGGAGUCCAGGGUUCAGGAAUAAUUCUUCUUUUGAUGUACGCUUAGAUAAUCCUUUCCAUGUGGAAGGACUCAAGGAGUUCAGUGGACCAUACAGCACCAUGGUUGAAGUCCCUUGGAUUUACAGAGAUGGUCAGAAACUGGGUGAUACUGAACAUCUGCUACAAAAUUUCAGGUCCCUUAUUUGUCGAUUAGAAGAAGUAGAUCCUAGGAUGUUGAGUCAUGAAGAGAAGCUAGCAUUCUGGAUUAACAUACACAAUGCGUUGGUGAUGCAUGCAUAUUUGGCUUAUGGGAUUCCACAAAACAAUGUAAAGAGAGUUUUUCUACUCUUAAAGGCAGCAUAUAACAUUGGGGGUCACAUCAUCAGUGCAGACACUAUACAGAGUUCUGUCCUAGGUUGCAGAAUGUCUCGUCCUGGGCAGUGGCUUCGCUUGUUACUUUCUCAAAGGACGAAAUUCAAGCCUGGAGAUGAACGGCAAGCAUAUGCAAUUGACAAUCCAGAACCCCUAUUGCACUUUGCGCUCUGUUCGGGAAGCCAUUCUGAUCCAGCGGUUCGAGUGUACACGCCCAAGAGAGUAUUUCAAGAGCUGGAAUCUGCAAAAGAAGAGUACAUUCGAGCUACCUUUGGUGUACGUAAGGAUCAUAUAAUCCUUUUACCGAAAAUCGUUCAGUCAUUCGUGAAGGAUUCCGAUUUGUGUCCAGCUGGAGUGAUGGAGAUGAUCCAACAGUCUUUGCCUGAAUCUCUGAAGAAGAGUCUUAAGAAAUGUCAGCUAGGAAAAUCUCGCAAGAGCAUCGAAUACGUUCCUCACAACUUUGCCUUCCGGUAUUUAAUUUCUAAAGAGCUCGUAAAAUGACUGCUUGCAUUGGCCGCUAGUUAAUACUUGAGAUAGAUUGCAUUGCUCCUAGGAGUUUUAUACUAGGAGAGUCUAUAUUUUUUUUUGUACAAAGUAGGAUAUGAAGCCGGAAAAGGGAGGAUAGGAGAGUGAUCUAUGGCAUUUUGUACUCAUUAUGUGAUAUCCAUGUUGCUAUGUUUCCCUACAGAAAGUAUCUAUUGUUGCUGUAGUGUUGUGAAAAUUCAAGAAUCUGCAUUGAGCUAUGUAAAUAAAUCUGUUGCAUUCUCAAUCUAGAAUACUCUAAUUACUCUCUAA